AUGCCACGUCCGAAAGUUCGCCCGGAAAACCGUCAACGCGCUUGUCGAGCAUGUAUUGCUUGCAAGGCUUCGAAGAUAAGGUGUGACGCUAGAGACCCCUGUGGCUCGUGCCUACGACGUGAUCGGGGUAGCUCAUGCGUUUACUCGGGUGUCGACCGGCGACGCAAGAAUCUGAAAAAUCUGCGAAAUGUGACCUUCGUCCCAAAGCCUUCCUCAGCGCUUGUCAACGCCCGGCCAACCUGUUCUGCAUCCCCAGAUGCGCUUGAUGUGCCUACGGAGCAUCCCAGUGCCGUGGAACAGGCCUCGGUUGCCCUCAACCCCAGCGGAGAGUCAGUGGCCUAUACUGCCACGGAUCAAGGAAGCGGCUCCUAUGUUUCCAACACUGCCGGCCAAGGGUACAUCGGAUCAGUACCAUUCACAGAAGACGCCGUGCACCAUGUUGCUGUGGAUACACAAAACAGUGACGGGGAUAGCCUGACUCAUGUCGUCUCUUUCGAUGAGAGAUGUUCUCUCCUGGAAUCAUAUUUUGAAGCUACCAGCGGUAUUUUAGACCUUUUCAGCGCAAACGAGCUUGAAGAACUAUGGGUUGAGGAUCCUCAUUUUCGUCAGAACACUCUCUCAGGAUCGUCACGGGUCUCCACUGAUUUGAAGGCUAUCUUUGAUCUUGUGUUCGCCAUUGGAGCUCAGACACGAGGAUCCGGCAAUACCUGCUUGCAGCUCGCCAAUUCUUACUUCCUGCGCGCUCGAGCGACAGCCUUUGAUGGCAUGUUAAUAACGCAAACUUUAGAUACGGUGCGGCUGUUUACCCUCCUUACGUUCUAUACCCUCGGUACAUGCAACCGAAAUGCUGCAUCUAUAUUUUUGAGCAUUGCGACCAAAGCAGCUGUUAUCUUGAACCUCCAGGACGCCGAAAAUUGUCAAAAGCUCCCCGAAGAAGUUAUACGGGCCAGGAUACGAAUUCGAGAUAGCGUCCAGAAUCUUGACACUUUGACCAGCUUUAUUUUUGGGAGACCGAGAAAUCUACCAGCUAUUUACCAUGAAUCGACCGAGUCUGCACAAAUUGAUACUAAAGGUGGACGGUGCUUGCCCCCCCGGUUUGCGGCAAUGGUCAAAGUAUGCGGUCUUCUUGAUCGCAUCGUCGAUACAUUGGGGAAGAACAGCAAUAUCCUCAAUGUCCCCGCGGCUGAGGAGCUGCUCAAACAACUCCGCCAGUGGAGUCGAGAUCUGCCUCGACAUAUCCGGCAAUUUCCCGCCACCUCUGAUCUGAAUCUCACGCUCCAACCUGCGGAUAACGAAGCGUUCUUGGGGAGCUUACAUAUUUCGGGUGCCCAUUACUUCGCGGUGUUGCUGAUUACUCGCCCAUUUCUGGUGGCAUAUUUGAUGUCAAGAUUACGAGGCAAAGCCCCAGAUGACCUCAUUGGCGAUCCCGAUGAAGCGUCCGAUAUAAGGAUGAAGAACAGCGAAGUUUCCAGACUAGCGCAGGUCUGUGUCAGUUCGGCCAUCGAGAUGGUUGAGAUGUGUGAGAACUCAAAACAUCGCCGCUACACCUUCGGCAAUUUCUGUUUUCUCGAGGCUUGGGUCUUCGGCGCGGGCUUGGUCCUUGGGUUCUCGAUGUUCGCUGGGGAGCCUCGCAAGGACAUCGAUAGAGCCUUCGACUAUGCGCAAAGCAUCCUGAGAGAGAUCGGCACCAAAAGCCCCCAGGCUCAGUUGUACCACAACAUACUCGACGCCUUCGUGGAGGCAAUCAAGAAAUACAAACAGCGAGUGACGGACGAAAGAAAUUACACCGUCCAAUAUUACAUGGACCGGGUACUGAUCUCGGAAGCGUCACCGGCUGAGAGCAGCAUCGGCGAAGAGGGUUCCAACCCCAUUCCCCCUGAUUCAGAUAUCGGAUGGCAGUCGCAUACUACUUGGACCAUCAUCCGGGAGGGGCAAGUAUUUUACUUCAGUAUGCUGGAAAUGACGCAACUGAUGCAUUCGAGUCGAUUCACCAACCCGAGAUUCUUACCCAGUAUCUUGGUCCAGAGCACCGUUGCGAGGGUGAAAGCUGAAGACAAUCCCAAAGUUGGCCCUGUCUCCGAGAAACAAGUCCCACUCUCGUCCGUCAUCAGCAUUCUGGAUUUUGAGGUCGCAGCUUCGCAGAAUCUGGCAUCGGCUGCCUUUGCGUUUAUCAAAUCGGGAGCCGAAGACGAAAAUACGGCCAGAUGGAACCGUGAUUCUUGGAAGCUGAUCCGCUUUCGUCCUCGCAUACUUCGACCUAUCAAUGAUCUUGAUAUAUCGCGGACAAUUCUCGGAGCCAAGUUUGAUGUGCCGUUUUUUAUUUGCCCAGCUGGAGGCGCCAAGCUCGUUCAUCCUGAGGCUGAUUUGUGUCUGACUAGGGCUGCUGGUCGCCACCACACCUUGCACUGGGUGUGCAACAACAGCCAUAUUUCUCAGCAUGAUAUGAGUGAGGCACGAGCACCCGGUCAAACGACGUUCUGGCAGAUUUACCCACGAUCUGAACUUGACAUUACCACUCAGGAAGUCAAACAGGCCGUCCGUCUAGGAUACAAGGGCUUCGCAUUGACUGUGGAUGCUGUUCGUGCCGGAAAGAGAGAGCGUGACUUGCGAGUGGUCAUGUCUCAGCGUUCUGCAGAGGGCACAAGUCCCGAUGAUGAGGAGGGAGAUGAUGGUUUUGCUGGAGAACCUUCGGUGGGACGACCCGCCGUGCAAUCCGGACUCGACUGGUUUUCCGCUAUAAAAUGGCUUCGGGAGAUUACUGAGUUGCCUAUUGCCAUCAAAGGUAUACAGUGCUGGGAAGACGCAAAACUGUGCAUGGAGUAUGGCGCUCAUCCGUGGCUUUCAAACCAUGGAGGCCGUCAGCUAGACUCCACUCCUUCAGCGGCGGAAACCCUCGUUUCCAUGCGUCAGCACUGCCCAGAAAUUUUCGAGAAGUGCGAGGUAAUAGUUGAUGGUGGUAUUACUCGAGGAGCGGAUAUUGUCAAAGCCAUUGCUCUCGGUGCCAGGGCUGUCGGUUUGGGCAGGCCCUUUCUCUAUGCCGCAGCCUUCGGUGAGGCAGGUGCUAGUAAGGCCAUCCGUAUCCUGAAAAAUGAGAUUGAGACCACCAUGGCCUUGCUUGGCCUGACUUCACUGGAGCAACUUGACCCUUCCUACGUCCGUGCUCCUCAUUUUUCAUCCUGA